AUGAUCGCCGGAGGUUUAGUUGGGUUUGACGCGGUCGCGAGUAAGAACGGGAAUCGUUCGUUGAUCAGGAUGAAAGUGGUUGUACUAGUGAUGGCGUUGGCCGUCGGGCUGUUGCCGGUGGAGAGUGCUCGAAUUUUGGCGAUUUUUCCGUCGCCAGCGAAAAGUCACCAGAUUGUGUUUCGGGCGUUGGUUGAAGGACUGCUGGAAAAGGGACAUCAGUUGACAGUGAUGAGUCCGGAUCCGCUUGAGACGGACAAUCCGAACAUUACUCAAAUAGACUGGAGCUAUGCGUACAAAGUGGUGGAUGAAAACGGGGACGUUGCCGUGGCAACUCAGGAAAAGUGGAGUUCACUAAGAGUAACUCAGAAGCUGCUUUCAGUGACGGAAAUGUUCUUGGCAGCGGAGUUGAACCAUCCGGAAGUGCAAGCCAUGAUCCGGAAUCCAGUGGAUCACUUUGACGCCGUAAUUGUGGAGUACUUCCAGAUGACACCGUUCUUUGCUUUCGCCGAACUGUACAACGCUCCCAUGAUCGGAAUUACCUCGAUCGAUUCCAUCGCGUUAGCUCACUCCAUCAUCGGGAACGUUGCAAAUGCCGUCGCUCAUCCAGAAAUGGUCCACAAAGUGUCCCGCGUCCUUUCCUUUUCCCAAAGGUUGGAUUUUUUCAUCACGAUGCUCUUCACGGAGUACGUCCUCUUCCCGGGAGAGUUUGAAAAGUACGACCAAAUGAUUGAGCACCACUUUGGACCGAACAUGACCAAAUCGGUCCAGCUGAUGACCAGGCUCGACUUUCUCAUGACCAACGUUGAGCCGGCGCUAGGAUUCGUCCGACCGACGGUUCCCCGAGCCAUCCAGCUGGGAUUUUUGCACGUGAAACCUCCAAAGCCCCUCCCGAGGGAUAUUCAACAGUACCUGGACUCGUCCAAACAUGGCGUCAUCUACUUCAGUUUGGGAACGCUGAUUCGAACCAAGUCGCUGAACGCAAAAAAUAUUGGCAUCUUUAUCGACACCUUCCGGUCAGUCAAAUACGACGUACUGUGGAAAUGUGACGGGCAGAUUGAUCAGAUCAAAAACAUGUCCAACGUACGAUUAAUGCGUUGGGUGCCUCAGCAGGACGUUCUUGGUAAGUGGAUUUAG